CCAACUCUGUUUUGAUCAAAAUAAAAGUUGUUUUGCUUGCUGAAACCUCGGCUCAGGAGUUUCUUUGGCUCUUUUAAAUUCCUGAGUAAUGCUGGGGCAAUUGUGAGGUUAAGUGGAAAACCUUACAUCCUGGCGCCCAACGUGGGGCAAGCCACAAUGGCUCUCCCCUCAAAUCUGGAGACCCCUGUUAAGGUCCCAGCGAGCCUUCAAUUCUCAGCAGGACGAAACCAGCGGCGACUGAAUUGUGAGUCUUAGAGCGCUCCCAAGUGUUUGACCUGGAAGAUUCUAUGCUUCAUCGUCGAUGGUGGGGUCCGUGUCUGAUGAACCUGAACGCCCGAAUUCAACGAGGUUUCAUGCUUCUCUACUGACGGGAGAAAUUGCAACAGGCGCCUUGAUGUAUACAACCUGAUCCUUCUGGAAGAUUUGUGGAGUCCUCCAAUAUUUUUUAGAUGACAAAAGAGGGAAGAAACCUUACCUGGGGAUAAGGCAGGGGAGGAUACUUAUUGGAAGCAUCACAUCAAAAAUAUUCCAGCGAGGGGAGGACUUGAAUAAAAGGGAGCCGAGUCCUAGAGGCAGAGCAUACAGCAGCUCCAAGCAUUCAGAGACACACCAGGCUCAGCUUAUCGAGACGAGAAACCAAGAUGCUGUGCCGAUUGCACCUGGCAGGCCCUCAGAGCUCCUUGAGAAGCCGAGGUUUAUGGCCCCGGACCAGUUCGCUCUUUGAGGAGCUGGAGCGUGAGAUGGACGCUAUGUGGGAGCUCCUGACCAGCAACUGGCGACCCACAACCACCAGCAUGGUCAGUCACGAAACCAUCCACAGCUCGGAGACACCAAGCGCCAAUGACACCUUUGCAGUGACUCAAGAUAUGGCUGGAUUUGACCCCCAGGAACUGGUGGUGAAGCUGGUGGGGGAGAAAGUGGUUCUGACGGGCAGGAAGGCCACUGAGAUGCCCAGUGGACCUUUUCGCUACGAAAUCUUCCGGAGGGCGUGGGACGUGCCCCAGAGCGUGGACCGAGAUCGGCUCAGUUGCUCCAUCUCCAGCGACGGACAGCUCCGUAUCGAAGGUCCCGUGACAGAAUCAGCUAUGAGGACCGUGCCUAUCGCGGUCAACCGAGUGAGAAACGAACCCCAACCAGCAGCUGAAGACUCCACACCCACAGAAAACAGCCGGGCUCAGGGAUGAAGGAGGCUGGAUGGAAGAAACUUUUUAAAAACGACGUUGCUGAGAACAUUAAAGAAAAAAGUGCACCGCUAAUAAAUAUUUUAGAUAUGGACUUAUACGCCCUGGGGGUUGUGAUCAGUUCUCAAAUGAAAUGGUGGGGGGUGGGGGAUAGGUAGCAGAGUUGGAGAGAAUUAUUUCAUUUACCAGAAUUCUCGUGGAAAGAAUUUGCGAUGUAGAAUAAUUAAAGGUGAUGUGGACAUGUUGGUCAGUCAUGGUAAAAGGGUUUUGGAAAGAUUGUUUCAGUCAAAUAUUUAUAUUUUUGCUGCUCAGUCAAAAGGUUGCCAGCUUUUCUUUUUUUAAAAGUUUUUUAUCAGCUUUGUAAACAGUUUCACCUAUUGAAUAGACCAGUCCCAAUGUCUAAGCAUUCGAUUUAAUUUGCUUUUGGGAUAAGAACCUGAUCAGAAAGUCUUUUAUAAAGGAGGAUGGGAAGAAGUCGAAAAGGGGUUUACUUUAGUUAAUGAGGAAAAAAAAUCAGAAUAGUCCCAUUUAUUCAGCCCAAUAUCCUUCCUUUGCCAAAACAGACAAUACAGUACUGGAGCAGUUAGCAAUAGAUAGCAUUUCUUUGAAGGGUAAAUUGAGAAGCAGAUUUGAAUCAUAGCUCUCAGAUGAAUAUUGGAGAUUGUCUGAAUGUAAACUGGGAAUUCUCUGUAUGUUUAAGCAGGACUUUGCUAAGGGGAAUCCAUUUCCUGAAAAAGCAAAUAAAUAAAUAUAUAUAUUUCUCUUC